AUGCUAUACAACGUAAUCUUUUUAGAAUCAUGCGACCCUAAGAUCACUUGGCACGGUAGUUUACCUAGAAAAAUUCUUAUCGAGCCAGAAUACUCCGUUAAGGUUUUCAUUGGUGGGGUGCCCUGGGAUAUUACAGAAGUUGAAUUGUUGGCCUCGUUUGGAACCUACGGUAAUGUUACAGUCGAAUGGCCGGGCAAAGAUUGCGACCAUUCCAAACAUCCUCCGAAAGGGUAUGUCUACCUGAUUUUUAACUCGAGCGAGUCUGUUAAGAAGUUACUUCAAAACUGCUCGCGCUCAGAUGAUAAAUAUUAUCAACUGGUAUCCAGUAGACAACGAAAAAGCAAAGAAGUGCAAGUAAUCCCUUGGGCAUUGAAUGAUAGCAAUGCAUUAAGAAUAGCAAGUUCCCGACUGGAUAUAGAUAAAACGAUAUUUGUCGGUGGAUUACAUGGCAUGUUGAAUGCAGACGGUCUUAUGCACAUCAUGGAUGAUCUGUUUGGCGGAGUUGUCUAUGCUGGCAUAGAUACUGACCAAUAUAAAUACCCAAUAGGUGGUUCUGGUCGGGUGAUCUUCAGUAAUCGUAAAUCCUACAUCAAAGCCGUAAAUGCUGCUUUUGUAGAAAUACGAACUAAAAAGUUUAAAAAACGGAUACAACUGGAUCCUUAUUUGCGAGAUGCUAUGUGCACUCAAUGUCAUAAAGCCCCAGGCCCAUACUUUUGCCGCGAUAGUUUAUGUUGGGCAUAUUAUUGCAAAACGUGCUGGAAUUUGCGACAUAGGCCAGCGUCAUUAGCCGACCAUAGAGCUAUGAAACGGACAAGUAAUAAGACUAAAUCAAGGCCUAUACCCAGAUAA